CGAAAAUGAAGAAGACCUUGGUCCUAUGCCAAUUCUAGAGCAGCCUAAUAAGAAGAGGAGAGUCUUAACACAUGAAUCUACCUAUUUGAACAAUCUCCCACUCAGUGAUAGAUACACGAAAUCAUUCAUGCAUAGGGAUAAUCUACUUACGACGUCAACAACUAAAACAAACUACCUUAUAACAACAUCCGCUGAGGGAAAUAUCAAGUUCUGGCAUAAAGAACCUAAAGGUAUCGAGUUUAGAAAGCAGUUCAGAGCUCAUUUGCAGUCAAUUAUUACCACAGCUGUAUCAAACGAUGGUAGCUUAGUAGCAACCUUCUCAGACGAUAGCUCCAUAAAGGUCUUUGACGUCGUUAGUUUCGAUAUGAUCAAUAUGUUUAGUUUGGAUUUCACGCCAUUAACAUGCGCUUGGAUACAUAGUCCUAGUCAGGGUGACUCUGUUUUAGCUAUUACCGACAAGAACUCAUCAGCUAUUCACCUAUUCGAUGGUAGAGGUGACGGCAAACCGUUCCAUACACUCACCAACAUUCACAACAAACCAGUUAGCAUUAUUAGAUAUUCAGAUAUAUUCAAUACUGUAAUUUCAGCGGACCAGGGUGGUAUGAUAGAGUAUUGGUCACCAAAUGAGCCAUACGAGACACCAAAAGAUGUACCAGGUCUAUGGGAGUUCAAAUCUUCGACCGACUUAUACGAAUUCAGAAAAGCCAAAGCACCCCCAACCUCAAUUUCACUUUCUCCUGACUCAACUCACUUCGUUGCAUUCUCUAUCAGCGAUAGAAAGAUCAGGAUAUUCAAUUUCCUAACUGGAAAGCUUACACGCAAGUAUGAUGAAUCACUUGAAGCGGCUAGUGAGAUGCAACAAGCAGGUACAGCAAUUUACAAGCUCGAUGAUAUGGAAUUCGGAAGACGAUUGGCUUUAGAAUCUGAAAUUCAAGAAAAUGAACAAGCUGUUGCUAAUAUGAAUGUCGUCUUUGAUGAAAGCGGAAACUUUAUCAUCUAUCCUACCCUGCUAGGCAUUAAAGUUGUCAACAUUGUAACAAACAAAGUUGUCAGAGUUCUAGGUAAAGAUGAUUCUAUCAGAUUCUUAAACGUAUCUCUUUAUCAAGGUUCGCCAUCAAAAAAGGGUUUCGUGACGGCUCAAAUGGCUGCUUCCGAUAAUCCACUCUUGGCAGAGUCUCAAGCUCGUGACCCUAUACUGUUCUGUACCGCUUACAACCGUCCCCGUUUCUACCUUUUCUCAAACGCAGAUCCCGAAGGAUCUGGUGAUCGCGAUGUCUUUAACGAAAAGCCUACACAAGAAGAGCAGGCUAUGUCCGUUGCACCUGCUCAGAAACAAAUAAAGCAAAGACCAGCGGCUAGCAAAGCUGUUCUUCAUACAACACUGGGUGAUAUUACUUUGCAAUUAUUCCCUGACAAAGCACCAAGAGCUGUUGAAAAUUUUACAGGACAUGCAAACAGUGGAUAUUAUGAAGGUGUUAUCUUUCAUAGAGUCAUACGAAGAUUUAUGCUUCAAACAGGAGAUCCUUUGGGAGAUGGUACAGGUGGUGAUAGCAUCUUCGGACACGAUUUCGAGGAUGAAUUCCAUCCAGAUUUGAAACACGACAAGCCAUAUACAUUGAGUAUGGCGAACGCAGGCCCUGGUACUAAUGCCUCACAGUUCUUUAUUACAACCGUUCCGACGCCUUGGCUUGACAACAAACAUACUAUAUUUGGUAGAGCGACAGCAGGUAUGGAUGUUAUACAUAAGAUAGAGGAGUUGCGUGUCGAUAGAAAGGACAAGCCAGAGGAACCCCCUCAAAUAAGUAGUAUAUCAGUAGAUUAAAAUAUAAAUUGUAAAAUUCAGCUUAAUAAAU